GAAUACUAUUUUAGAUUAAUUUGUGAACCCUUAUGAAAGGAAAGCAAUGGAAAUAAUAUUUUUAAAUAAAAAGUAUGUAAGCUUGAUGACAGAUACAGAUGAAGAAGAGGAUUAGAUAGUUGAGCCAAUAAUAAUACAAAAUUAAAAUACUACUUUGAGGACAAGAAGCAAUUUAAAUAAUAAUGUAUAAAAAGAGUAUAUGAAGUUUGAAAUUAGAAACAAAUAUAUCAGUAAGCAUCCAAGAAGAAAUAGGAUGCAUAGAAAAUAUUUGAUAUAUAAGAAAAAUUAAUUGAAAGAAAUAUAGAAAGAAAAAGAGAACAAAAAUAUUAAUAACAUAAUACCAAUAUAAAUAGAAUCAAGACAAAUGUUAUCAAUGUAAUAAUUAGAUCAAACACCAUCAAAAAUUUAUAAGUAAAUAGGAAUUAAUUUUUAUUUAGUGAUGAUUAUUAUUAAACACCAGCAGCAUUUAAUAGAAUACAAAGAUUAGUAAUGAGCAGUUCAAAAUUUAGUUAAUUUAAAUGUUAAAUCUAAGUAAUAUUAAAUAAUUAUAAAAGAAUGACACAUUCAAUAAUUAAUUAUAAGAAGAUGUUAAACAAAAUUUAUUUUUAUGA